AUGAACAAGCACCUACGGUCCGUACGAGGACGUUGAUUCAAUAUGGCACCGAAGUGGCGGCCGCUCGGAGCGAAAUUGAGGAAACUAUUCUUGAUUACGCAUCAGUUGGCUUGUGCCACCAGUGCCACGAAUGUCACCAGUAUCGCUUGUGGGCCGCUUGUCUCAGGUAAUCGGGCGGAGCUGCGCCUCAGCUCCGAACGGAAGGUGAGCCGGCCAGCGAAAGCUCUCACCAUCUCUCAAAAUGGAGUGGCAAGGUUUGGAGCAGGAAGAUAUGACUGCUGCAUUGGUGCUCGCUGUGACUGAUGGGUGGUUGUAAGGCAUCAAGUCUCAAAGCCUGAAUCAAGAAGUUGAGGAUACCAUAUUACACUGACAAUUGGCUCCAUGGGCUAGAUGAAU